UCCACUAAUGGCCGAUGUUGCGCUGUUUACUAAAGAUCGUGUCAGUCAUUAAGACCAAAAAGGAAGACAAAAAUUCGGAUUUCGAAAAUAAACCGACAGGCGAUUGUAGUGGUACAGGCGUUUGGUAGAAUCACAUUUUGAAGAAAGUUCGAUUGGAUAUAUCUUUUUGAAAUGGAGAUAAAACCUCCUGUUCUUGUGAAUGCAGUACCCCCGUAUGGCCAUGUUAUUGCCCACGAGAAGUGGAGAGAUUCAGUUCUUGUACAAAGUUUGAAAGGUACUGGAAAUGUGAAAACGAUCUUUGAAGAAGAACUUGGCGUGGUGGAUUUUCAUCUGUCCAACAAGAGCUGCAUCUUGUAUGUCUCUGAAACUGACAUUGUGGCUGGAAACAACUACAAAAGAAAACUAGUUCGGUUUAGAAAUGCCAACAGCAGCCUUCAGGGCAUUGUUGUAGUGGAAAAGACCCGGCUCAGUGAACAGUACUUUCCUGCAAUGCAAAAGUUUGUGGUGUUUGAGCUGGGCCUGACACUGCUACCUGUCGCCAGCCAGCUAGAAGCAUCCCAGCUACUCACACAAAUAGUGCAUGGAGAGAGUAAAGACAACCCGUUCCGCAGGAAGAGUGUGUCUCGGCUGCUGGAUCCCCUGGUCAUGUCCCUGGUUCAGCAGAUCCCUGGGGUUGGAAAGGUCAAAGCCAGGGCCCUGCUUCAGCACUUUUGCAGUAUUCACCAGCUGUGCAGUGCAGAGACCCAUGAACUGGAGCCCAUAGUAGGCCAGGCCACAGCUCAGUCCAUAAGCAACUUCUUCCACAACCCAUUAGUUUGACUAUGCAGCUCACUGACAAAUCACAACUUGUUUUUAUGGUGAGGUUUGUAAGGGAGGAUUGCAAUGCAACGUGCUAUUAGUCACACAAUAGUGCACGUUGUCAUGGGUGCAGCGAAAUUGUAGGAUCUAACAUAAAACAUGAGGCAGUCAAGUAAUGAGCCUGACAUGGCACUGAAUCUGGGACUGGCCGCUAGAUGGGGUACGUGAUCCCUUUUUCUAAUCAAGGACAUGUCCAUCGAAAUGACUAUUUUACUUGAACUGAUAGUGGGUUCAAAUGGAAAUAGUUUAACCUUUAUCCAACCCAUGUCAGAGCCUACAGGGGAACCUUCUUGGAGCUCAAACAGAAAGCGCAUAUCCCCUGGCAUAGUUCAGUCCAAUCCAUUUGCACUAAAGCAUUCAGCCUCAAUGAAGGAGCACUUUCUUGGCAGACUGGAAGGCCUUCUUUCUCAAACACAGUGAGGACUGCCUUUUAUACCAGUCGGACCAUGUGAUCUGGGCUCGUUACAUGGAGAUCUCCCUGAGCCAUAACUUCCCUCUGUGACACUCCAUUCCAUCCCCUCCCAAUCCAACUCAGCCCAACAGGAAGUAACGUUGGCAAGCUGCGCAAGCAUGAAUUGACUGAAUGAAUUGGCUCCUACCUCAACUCAACUGUUGUGAAAAAAAUAUAUAUUAUUAUUAUUAUUAUUAUUGAACUUACUGUUUUUUUCUUUGACCGGAAUGCAAAUAUGUUCACUGCAUUUUCACUUUUGCAAUGUUAUUUGGGCUCACUUAAUUUGGACCGGGCUGACUUUGUUCGCUUGUGUGUUUUUAAAUAGAUUCAUUUAGUUAAACUUCAUCUGAACUUUUGACCCAGUGUGACGUGAUGCUGUGAACUUUUGCACUGGUCCAUAAAAUACUACCCUACGAACAGUUAAAAGGCAGUGGGUUCAAGUCUUCUGUCUUUCCCUUCCUCUCCCCUCUGUCCAGCUUCCUUCAGUCACCCAGAGUGGCUCCAGUGAUGUAUUGGUUUUCUGCUCGGCUUCCUCCUUUAAGCACUGCAGCACACUGCUGGCAGUGUUGGUCUUUCCUCCCUCCGUGCACACAAAGCAGCUGGUCGUUUUAUUGGCCUUCUAACAGGAUCAGCUGAAUCCAGGCCCUUUAUUGUGCAGUCUGUGGCGUUAGCGAGAGAGGCAGAGAAAAGGCCCGGUACGACGGCACAACUUGACUUCCUAAAUUCCACUAGGAUCCUUUAGAGAGGAAGGGAAGCAUGAAGAAGGCCCUCUUAGGGAUGCAUGCGCUGGUGGAGCAGAGGAGCAAGCCCUCCUCUCUUUUGGUUUCCUCUCCCGAAACAGUUCAGAUGUGGUCUCUCAUCAGGAGGCUGUUCAGAGUGACAUCAAUAUAACAUGAGGUCUAAUUUUAGACACGAGGAAGCAGAGGCAGAGUUGCGUAAAUGGGAGUGUACCUAAUCUGAAAUGAAAUGCACACUAAGAAAAAAUAUGCCAAAUGAAAUACUGUAUGUUCAGUAAAUUAUUCAGAACUCAUUUGGUCACUCCUAAUAUUUGUGUAUUGUAAUAAUUGAUUUAUUUUAUAAAACACUUGUGGUGACAUUUGUUUCAAGUGCAGUAAAUUUGUUUGAGAAUGAAAAGGGU